AUGGCCAAAAGUGAGCCAAGUGAUGGCAAACAGCAUAUCAGCGAGAAGCCCAUCACGCUCGCGAACUGGUAUCAACAUGUCAACUGGGUGAACACAACACUCAUCCUGAUCGUACCUGUCGGUGGUCUCAUCGCUGCAUUCUAUACACAACUGAGAGCAAUAACUGCCGCUUGGGCCAUUCUCUACUAUUUCUGGACUGGGCUGGGUAUUACUGCUGGAUACCAUCGAUUGUGGGCGCACAGAUCAUACGAAGCUCGUCUUCCAAUUAGAAUAUUCCUCGCAUGUGUUGGUGGCGGUGCCGUCCAGGGCUCAAUCCGCUGGUGGAGCAGUAAACACAGGGCACACCACCGCUGGACCGAUACAGUCAAGGAUCCAUACAGUGUCAUGAAGGGUCUCUGGUAUUCGCAUUUCAUGUGGAUGGUCCUGAAUCAAAACCCCAAAAACCGUGGCAGGACCGAUAUCUCCGACUUGAACGAGGACCCUGUCGUCGUCUGGCAGCACAAGAACUAUGGAUCUGUCAUCUUGGUUUUCGGGAUGUUGUUCCCUAUGCUCGUUGCUGGGUUGGGAUGGGGUGAUUGGAAGGGUGGUCUUGUGUAUGCUGGAAUUCUUCGAUUUUCGUUCGUCCAGCAAGCCACAUUCUGCGUUAAUUCUCUUGCCCACUGGCUGGGUGAGCAGCCAUUCGAUGACAGGAACUCGCCUCGCGAUCACGUCAUUACUGCGUUCAUCACCCUCGGCGAGGGCUAUCACAACUUUCACCACGAGUUCCCCUCCGACUACCGUAACGCUAUCCAAUGGUGGCAAUAUGACCCCACGAAGUGGUCAAUCUGGGUGUGGAAACAGCUUGGUCUCGCUUCCAACCUGAAGCAGUUCCGAGCGAACGAAAUCGAGAAGGGUCGUGUGCAACAACUACAGAAGAAACUCGACCAGAAGCGCGCGAAGCUUGAUUGGGGUGUUCCUCUGGAUCAGCUGCCUGUUGUCGACUGGGACGGUUUCGUUGCAGAAUCUCAGAGUGGCAAAGCUCUAGUUGCCAUUGCUGGUGUUGUUCACGAUGUGAGCAAAUUUAUCUCAGAACACCCUGGUGGUAAAACCCUCAUUUCAUCGGCCAUUGGAAAGGAUGCUACUGCAAUCUUCAACGGUGGUGUCUACACUCACUCCAAUGCCGCUCACAACCUGCUUUCUUCGAUGCGAGUUGGGGUGAUUCGUGGUGGUGGUGAGGUUGAGAUCUGGCGUAAUCGGAGCAACCAAAAGGGUAUCUAUGCUUGA